AUGAGUUCAUCAUGGGCUGAUGUUUCUGAAUCGGAGAGGGCACCAUCUGGCUGGGGUUACGGAAACUCUCGUCCGUCACGAACCAACUAUGUUCCUCCGCAUCUCAGGACCCGGACACCAUCUUCGGAUUUUGCUGCUCCUACGCAUGGUAAUGAUCGUGUGGGAUAUGGUGGUGCACAUAGUGGUUAUGGUGGUCGAGGCCAAAGCUAUGGUGGUCGAGGCCAAAGCUAUGCUGGUAGAGGAGGAGGAGGUGGCGGUUGUAAUAACAGAAGUGGAGGUUGGGACCGUAGGGAUACUGAAACUAACCCGUUUGGUAACGAUGGAAAUGCAGACGCGGUUGUUAACGAGCAGGAGAACACAGUCAUUAACUUUGAGGCCUAUGAAGAUAUUCCCAUCGAGACGAGUGGGGAUAAUGUGCCGCCUCCUGUUAACACAUUUGCUGAGAUCGACCUUGGAGAGGCCCUGAAUCUGAAUAUUCAGAGGUGCAAAUACGUGAAGCCGACCCCUGUGCAGCGUAAUGCAAUUCCCAUAUUGGCUUCUGGGAGGGAUUUGAUGGCUUGUGCUCAGACAGGGUCGGGCAAGACAGCUGCCUUUUGUUUUCCGAUUAUUAGUGGGAUUAUGAAGGAGCAGCAUGUUGAGAGACCACGUGGAGUACGGGGAGUCUAUCCUCUAGCUGUCAUUCUCUCACCAACAAGAGAGUUGGCAUGCCAGAUACAUGAUGAAGCCAGAAAGUUCUCCUAUCAAACUGGUGUGAAAGUUGUGGUUGCUUAUGGAGGAACACCAGUCAACCAACAGAUUAGGGAGCUUGAAAGAGGAGUUGAUAUUCUUGUUGCAACUCCUGGGAGAUUAAAUGAUUUGCUUGAGAGAGGUAGAGUCUCACUGCAGAUGGUAAAAUACUUAGCACUUGAUGAGGCGGACAGGAUGCUGGACAUGGGUUUUGAACCACAAAUCAGGAAGAUCGUUCAGCAGAUGGACAUGCCUCCUCCUGGUGCUAGGCAGACAAUGUUGUUCAGUGCUACAUUUCCUAGGGAGAUACAGAGACUUGCAUCUGAUUUUCUUUCCAACUACAUAUUUCUGGCUGUUGGAAGAGUGGGUUCAAGUACGGAUUUAAUUGUCCAAAGAGUAGAGUUUGUCCACGAUUCUGACAAGAGAAGCCAUCUGAUGGACCUUCUUCAUGCUCAGAGGGAGAAUGGUAACCAAGGAAAGCAAGCGUUGACUCUAGUUUUUGUGGAGACAAAGAAGGGAGCUGACUCUUUGGAGAAUUGGUUGUGCAUCAAUGGAUUCCCAGCAACGACCAUCCACGGUGAUAGAUCGCAACAUGAAAGAGAAGUGGCACUGAGGUCAUUCAAGACUGGUCGAACACCUAUUUUGGUCGCAACCGAUGUGGCAGCACGUGGUCUUGACAUUCCACACGUGGCUCACGUAGUGAACUUUGAUCUACCAAACGACAUCGAUGACUAUGUCCACCGUAUUGGACGAACAGGACGUGCAGGCAAUUCAGGACUAGCAACUGCUUUCUUCAACGACAACAACACAUCGAUGGCCAAGCCACUCGCUGAGCUAAUGCAAGAAGCAAACCAGGAGGUCCCUGACUGGCUGACUCGAUACGCAUCUCGUUCUUCAUAUGGAGGUGGUAAGAACCGGCGGUCUGGUGGGCGGUUUGGUGGGCGUGACUUCAGGAGAGAAUCGUUUGGCCGAGGCGGUGGUGACUACUAUGGUGGUGGUGGUGGGUAUGGAGGCGUUCCCGGUGGUGGGUAUGGAGCAAUGCCUGGUGGGUAUGGAACUGUACCAGGUGGUGGAUAUGGAACCGUUCCUGGUGGAGGUUAUGUACCUUAUGGAAGAGGCGGUGGUGCUUACUAUGGUGGAGGAUAUGGAAACGUUCCGAGCCAAGGGUAUGGGUCUGGAGUGGCUAGUGCCUGGGACUAA